AUGGGCCGCCAAAGCAAAGCCGUCGGCGAGACUAGAUGUAGCGCAUCGUUCCUCGUAACACAAGCACGUCCAUCGAUACGUAGCCGUCAGACUGCCGCCCAUCUCUACCGUGGCCGAUCUACCUACACCUUCAAGCUGUCGUCGUCAACCUCCCGUCACGAGCUUCGCUCAAUCUACGAGGAGGACAUGGCUCCCAGCCAUGACGUAGAAGAGGACAGUGCGCCCCCUCCAAGAUACCGCGAUGACCUCGACGACCAAGACGAAGACCAUGCCAGCCUACCCUCUACCCAAUCCGCCAUGCUAGUCGCCAACUCCGAGCUUCCCGGCGAGCAUGCUCAUCCAUCCGAACACUCGGCGGUCAACCACUAUAUACCACCGCACAUGCAACAGAAAUGGAAAAAGGUGGUGGUCUGGGUCAAGGGCCCACAGCCACCGCGGCCUUGGAAGAUACAACCCUUCUUUCCCAACGUCCAAGAAGCGCCCGUGCAUUGGUUGGAGAGAUACUUUCCCAAGCGGAAACAAAAGAUCGGACUGUUGGUCUUCUUCUACUUCUGUUGGCUUCUGAGCUUUGGACUGGUGCUCCACCGCAGCGCAUUCGCUGCAGAUAUACCCGGACAUGGAAGCCCGGUGCGCGUCCGAUGUACAGAUCGCUUCUGGACCGAUGGAAAUGGAUGUGGCCUCAACGGAGAUCUGUGCCGUCCAUUUGAGAAUACAUCGAUGCCAUUUCGCUGCCCGGCCAGUUGUAAGCGUGAGCAAUUGCUCAAUCCACAUGCUGUUGGAGAUCAGUUGAUCAAUUACCGGCAACUGGUCAUAGGUGGCCCAACCGAGGAGGAGCACACCUUGGAGAAGACAUACUAUCGCGCCGACUCGUUCCUAUGCGGCGCAGCCAUCCACGCGGGCUUCAUCAACGAUGCAUCCGGUGGCUGUGGGGUCGUUGCGCAGACGGGCGAAAAGACUUCUUACCCCAGUGUCAGCAGCCAUCACAUCACGAGCGUUGGAUUUGACUCGUACUUUCCACGAUCCUUCUCCUUCGUCCCCGGUACAUCAACCAAGUGUCGAGACCUAAGAUGGCCGCUGCUCGGCGUAUCUCUUACCUUCACCAUCCUCUUGUCACUCUUCACCACUUCACCAGCAGUCUUCUUCUCGUCCGUCUUCCUCGCCGUCUUCUUUCACGUCGCACUUGCCUCGGAUCCCCCAGACCUGACCGACUACUCCGCCGUCAUCAGUAUCGCCCUUGCCCGUCUGCUACCGGCCUGUUUCUGCAUGUAUGCAAUCUACAGGUUCGCAGUGCGACGACAACUCCAAGGUCUCCGCGCACAAGUGGAAAAAACGAUUCUUUGGCUCGGAGGAUGUUGGAUCGGCGCUCUGAACAACUACACGUUCGACAAGAUCCCCAUUGAACGUCUAACGCCCCACGACAUCCAGAACCAACCCGGCGCCAUCCCCGCGCUCAUCAUCGUUGUCCUCACCCUAUUCUUCAUCGCGCUUGGCCAAGCAUGGGCACUCCGCGUCGAGGGCCGGCUCCCCCGCUACCUUGCCAUCUACGGAACAUUCGUCGGCUGCAUCCUUGCGCUCGUCGCCAUUCCCAACAUGAACGUACGUCUUCAUCAUUACAUCCUAGGCCUCCUUCUUGUCCCCGGCACAUCCAUGCAAACCCGGCCCAGUCUCCUCUUCCAAGGCAUCCUCAUCGGCCUCUUCAUCAACGGCACCGCCCGCUGGGGCUUCGCCUCGAUUCUGGAAACCCCGGAUGCCCUCCGUGGCGAUGCGCCCAUUGGCUCUUUGCUACCCAUCAUCACCGCACCCAUUAUCCACAACAAUCUGGAUAUAGACGCGCUCAGAGCGAACAUUACCUUUGACUGGCUCAAGCCCUUUCCGAAGGGUUACGACGGUCUCAGCGUGCUGGUCAAUGAUGUAGAGCGGUACCAUGAGUAUGCGGAUGAAAUGGGUGCCAGCUGGACGUGGGUCAAGAAGAUGGAAGGCGUGAAUGAGUAUUUCCGCUUUGCGUAUCUGAAGGCUGGAGGGCGGGGAGACUAUACGCGAGCGGGGGUUUGGAGAAGGGAUGGCGGGUGGACUGAGAUUCCGCCUGGUGCGUCUUGA